UACUAAGCCUGCUCGCGGUCUGGUUCGGUUCGGAUUUUUAGGAAUUCGAGGACCGAACCGUUAGUCACGGUUUUUACAAAAUGAAAUUCGUGUUCGGACCAAAAGUCCUACGGUCCGGUUCCAAUCCAAUCCGUGACUCGCGGAUCAGUUAAGGUUUUGUCCACGGAUUUUAGCAAAAAUAAAGCUCAAACAUAUAUCCCACAAUAAAAGGGAAGAAUGUUACAUUCAGAAUUAAGUUUAACACCACCAGAAAGUACUUGUUGCAUAAACUACCAAAAGCUUACUUUAUAAAUCAAAUUCAAAAGAAUCUAAAACACUAUUAGGAUUGUAUCAUUAUAGUACAUUACAUAACAUAAAAGAAUCAUAAAAGAAACAAACUACUGAAACGCAACUAGGGUUACCCGUAAUUUAUACGAAAAAACUACGAUUUACUUCUUAUAUUUUAUAUACAUCUACAUUCUAUCCUAUUAUUAAGAUAAAACACUAAAAUUAGUGGAAAAAAGUGUUAACAUUGCUAACAAGUUAUUAUAUAAAUACACACACACACACACAUAUAUAUAUAUAUAUAUAUAUUAUUUAUAUAAGAUAAAUAUCUUACGGUCCGGUUCGGUUAAUCCACGGUUUCGUAAUGAAAAUCCGUGGACCGAACCGCGAGUCACGGUUUUCUAAUUUUUCAAUCCGUGUCUGGAUCAUUAAUGCACGAACAAAAUCCAAAAGGUACGAAUCAAUUUGGUCCGAACCAAUUUCACGGUUCACCGAAUAUUUGGAGCAGCCCUAGUCUUUACAAUAAUCGUGGGGGAGGAGUACAUAGAUAGCAGCUGCCUUCAACUUCUCCCCCCUUAACAAUAACCAGCUCCUUUUUCCUCCGAUGUUGAUCCCUGUUUGGCCGGGUCUCAAUUUCUGGUACAUCCUGGGGAUCAUCUCCUCACCAUCAUGGUUCUUCUCACUUUUGGCGAUGGAUUUCUUCAAGAAAACCAGUGGCUUCGUUUUCACCUUCCUGAUUUUGACACUCUUACUUCUAUGGUCUGCCGGUAACUUCGUUCUUUCAAUGCUCUAUUUUUCAUUGCGAAGAAAUCCAAACACCGAUCGUUUAUUCCUCGGCUACCAACGUGCCGGGAAAACUUUCGGCUACGCCCUGUUGUUCUUUGGCAACGUCGGUCUCUACUACUUAUCCGAGAAAUCCGUUGCUUCCAUUCUCACUUUCCUCUUCCUCGCCUUUUCCUGUAUCUGCACGCUAUUCUGCAUUCAACCGUAUACGGAUUUUGGCACCAUAGAGUUCCUCCUCAGCGCGAGUCUGAAUCAAACAUUGAGUCUUUUCGGGCUCCGUUCAUCAUACUCGUGGCUUGUUAUAAUUGCGUGUAUUCUUAUAGCCGGGAUUCGGUACCAUCUAGAACCGGUGCAUCCCCCGGGAUUAGAAGCAACUAGCGAUGAAGGUCAACUCGAUUCAGGGAAAUUACUUCCCAUCACUAGUGCCCUUCCUCCGCCGCCGAGGAUAGUUUUGCUCCCAGAUGGCCCUGAUUCACCUAGGUUUGCUUCUUUUGGUUCAGAAGAUUUCUUUACUACCGUACCGGAGACGGUUACGGAAACCCUCCGCGAAUGGAUGGAAUUUAAAAAGGGCCCUGGGAUAAGGGAUUUCCAAAUUAUUGGCGAGGCUAAACCGGGGUACCGACUUCUAGGAUGCGGAUUUCCUGUUCGUGGAACUUCUCUCUGCAUGUUCCAGUGGGUUCGUCAUCUUCAGGAUGGAACAAGGCAGUACAUAGAGGGAGCGACAGCCCCAGAAUAUGUUGUCACUGCCGAUGAUGUGGAUAAACUUAUUGCUGUUGAGUGUAUACCAAUGGAUGACCAAGGCCGUCAGGGGGAGUUGGUGUGGGUUUUUGCCAAUGGUCAAAACAAAAUUACUUGUGACCCAGAUAUGCAAUUGGAGAUUGACUCAUAUAUCUAUAAAGGUGGAGCCACAUUUAGCAUUCUACUGCUGUUGGAUGCUUCGGAGAUUUGGGAGCCAACAACUCUCAUUUUGAAACGAUCUGGCUUCCUAAUCAAGGAUAACAGAUCCCAAGAAACUUUAAUUGCAGAGAAAUUCUCUAAAGAUUUAUCGAUCAAAAUCCCUAGUGGGCUCUCUACUCAGUUUGUUUUAACAUGUUCAGAUGGCUUUUCACAUCCACUCAACACGUAUAACGAUUUUCGAAUGCGUGAUACUCUUGUAUUGACCAUGAGAAUGUUCCAAAGCAAGGCGUUGGAUGAAAGUGACACAUGAGAAUAAUGGUGGUGAUUCAGCAACUUCACAUGCAGUCUACCUUUUCCCAAUUAGCAAUUAUUUGAAGUGUCUAUUUAAAUUCCUAGAUGUCUUUUAAUUUCUAGUCUCAAGUAUCUAUUCAGUUUUUAGUAUCAUUUAGUUGUUCGAAGGGUUAUUGAGUCAUUCAAAGAGUCUUGCAGUUUUUUGAAGUCAAAGUAUUUAUUUUCAUUUAUUCUAGCUUUGAAAUUCUAAGUUUAUUUUUCCAAUGCUCGGAGGGAUGUUCCUAAGUCUUAUGCAUAUAUGCUUUGCCAUGAAUGAAAUGAGAGUUUUGAGAAAGCCUUUGGCUUAUCUUCUUGUUUACUCUUAUCUCUUAGGUAGAUUCCUUAAGAGUGACGAGUAUAUCCAGCUUUGUAUCCCUUGUUAAAUCCUCGGGAGGUAAUACGAAGUAAUAAUUUGUAUCCCGGUGGGUUCUUAACUUGGAUAGUGAGCUUUACCCUUUUACCCCUUUUAUAAUUCUCUUUUCUUCCUUCCAAAUAUCCGCCGUCAGAAAGGAGGAAAGGAAGAGCGUAAACCCUCGUUUUUCCCAUUUAGGCACUGUAUGUACAAGUCAUUAUUUGUACUAGAAUGUAAAGGAAAAAGAGGAAAAAAACAGUAAAUCUGUAUAAGGUUCUUAAGACUUUUUUAGUCAGAAAACAGUAAAUCCUUUUACCCCGUGAUUGUUACUACUAUAUAGGAAGUCAACUCUGGACUGUGAAUUGCAAAUAGUCUUAGUUGAUAAUUUCUGUAACAUGUCCAUUAGACUCUCUGUUUUUUGCCCCAUAGCUUCCAAUUAGUAGAUUCCAUUCUAUAAUUAGUAGAUUCCAUUAUUUCCGACUUCAUUCCACCUUGCAAUCUCGCUGGCUCAGAGAUCGUAGCCACUGCGAUGAGGGAUCAGAUAUCAUCGACUUCAAUGAUGAUGAAUUCAAGAUUGAUUUUAACGAUUUCGUCGACGAUAACAACGGCAACAAUCGCAAAGUUGCACUGCUCAAACCCAGCUGCGUCGUACCACCAUCAUUGUCGUCGUAGUGGCUGAAAGUUUUUGCCGGAGAGAAACAUCAAAUCAUUUGAUUUUGCUGUGUUCAAAGGCAUGGAAGAUAUAGUUUCUUUGAGACCGGUCGUUAUUCUCCGACACUUUCUGACAUCGGCGAUUCUUCACCAUGAGAUCUUGAAAACAGAUAGCCGACGAAGCAGAAAUAGACCCAAAGUCCAAGCCAUUGAGAACGGUAGAGGCAAUGUUGAGAACGCUGUGGAAUCGGACGGAGGUACACGGCGGUGGACCUGGACUGCUAUGUUUGCAUUUCAAAUAGCUUGAUUUGGAAAUUUUGAAUCUCAAAUUACAAAUUUUAAUUUCAAGGUUAGGACUCUACUUUCUCACUAUGUCAACUAUGUUAUGUGAACAGUGUUAUAGGAACUUUGUUAUGUGAGCUAUGUGAACCGUUUAUUUUAUCGUGUGGUGAGGCAACGCGAAUUAUAUGAAUAAUUUGGAAUGUUACUGAUUUUUUGUU